CAGCCUCGUUUCCACCUCUUGAAAUCUGCAUUUUCGAGCCGCUUUACUCCUUCAGACUAUCUUGAGUAACUUUCGGACUUUGCGACGAACAACUUGGAAGAGCUGCAGUGCAUAUGGCUUAAAAGAAAGGAAAGGAAGAUAAAAGACACGCAAAUAUGUCCCGAUGAUGACGACGUGUCCCUGGCUUUGUAAAGCGCGAAAGACAAAGCAAUCGACCAAGCCUAUCUUCUGGGCAAUUGGUACCGUUGCUGUGGUUUCAUUACUCUGGUUCUUUUCGACACCGUCGCAAGCUCCUAUUCCCAUCGUGACCAAAGCGGUUACAGUCCUAACAGGGGAGCCUGUCAGCGGAACGGUAACAUUCCAACAGGCAAAGAUCGGAGAACCUGUCACUGUUAUAGGUGACCUGAAGGGGCUUGUCCCUUCCCAGAAGCGCGGAUUCCACAUUCAUGUUUCGGGAGACCUGAGUGGUGGAUGUGCAAGUGCGGGCUCCCACUUUAACCCGUUCAACAGGAAUCACGGUGCUCCCGGUGACAUUGAAAGACAUGUCGGAGAUUUGGGUAACAUUGAAAGCGACGCCGACGGCAAUGCCAAGUUCAGCUUCGAGGAUCGUUUGAUUUCUUUGAAUGGGCCACUUAGUAUUAUCGGUCGCUCUGUUGUCGUACAUGCGGGUACCGAUGACCUUGGAAAAGGCGGAGACGAUGAGUCUCUUAAGACUGGCAAUGCUGGUGGACGUGCCGCAUGUGGGGUAAUUGGUUUGGCGUAGGAUACUUCGAUCGCACGUUUUGACUUCACGGAAAUGUCGGAAAAAGUUAUCUGCCGUUAUGAUAUGAAAAGAUAAUGACAGCUUACAACCUGGUUGCAACGCGUUGCAACUAGGUUACAACUAGGUUGUAAGCUGUUGCAACGGCAAUCACAAGCAAUUAUUUGCUUGUAACGAGGUUGUAACUGGUUAUAACCUUAACUCAACUAAGGAGACUUGUUGUAACGCCUUAUAACUAAUAUUUUAUUUUUCCGACAAAUAGUUGCGAAUAUUUCUACUAUUUGUGUCUCGGG